AUGCCACUUGAGCUCCAGGAGAGCCCAGAGUUAAAGACCGUGCGCCCAAUCCUUCGAAUCAACACCCCUCGUCAAGAGGAAGUCGACAACGAAGUAAACAACAUUAUCGAUGGCGUCCGCAAGAUCAACGUACACGUUACCCGCGCCAACUCCGAUGCCAGCAAUGACGCCGACUCCCCGAAAGAUGAAAUUCACCAGGGUCAGCCGCUCGAAUGGUCCGACGACGUAUUCGCAGUGCUUUCUCGCCUCGGUGAGGGAAAUGGGGGCGCAGUGUUCAAAGUGCAGGACAAACGGACUGGCAAGGUCAUGGCUCGCAAGACCAUCACGGCCCGCGAGGCUCCGCCCCAGCAGCUCAAGCGCGAGUUAACAAUAUCUUCCACUGCCGACCAUUUCAACAUUAUCCGAUUCUUUGGCGCAUAUGUGUCCCCUUCAACAUCAGAGGUCAAUGUCCUCAUGGAGUAUUGCCAGGGUGGUAGUCUUGCUGCCGUAAGCGAGCGUAUCAAAGCUAGAAACGCGAGGAUAGGAGAGAAGGUUGCUGGAAGAAUAGCUGAGGGAGUUUUAUCAGGUCUCGCUUACCUACAUUCACUCAAGACCAUCCAUCGAGAUAUCAAGCCAUCGAACAUCCUUAUGACCGCUGAGGGUGUUGUUAAAUUGUGCGAUUUUGGCGUGUCCGGCGAACUUGUGCGAUCAAUUGUGAACACGUUCACCGGAACAUCUCUGUACAUGGCUCCCGAGCGUAUUCGCGGCCAAAGCUACUCAAUUCGUGCAGAUGUAUGGUCGACAGGGCUCACCCUACUUGAGAUUGUCCAGAAUCACUAUCCAUUCCCCGAAGAUCUCACCUCCAUUGAACUCCUUGUGUAUAUAACCAAUGGAGAGCCUCCUCAACUUUCAGAUGAUGAAGACGUUCGGUGGAGCGAUGAAAUGAAAGACUUCGUAAGGCAAACCCUCACAAUUGAUGCCAAUGACCGGCCAACUCCGCGGGACAUGCUUUCUCAUCCUUGGAUCAUCAACGUCAUGAAGAAAGAAGUACUCAUGUCAAGGUGGAUCGGUGAGGUUUGGGGCUGGAAGAAUGGGCCUCCGAAGGUUACCGGAUCAUAA